AUGGUACUCUUUUCGACAUGGUGGUUCCCAGGAAAGGAGGAGCGGCAAAAGGACGAGGUCGUUUUCCGACUAGUGGAGGUUGAACUCCACGCUGAGAGCGUCGUAAAUGGUAAAAGGCUGGACGAUUAUCAGACCAUCGUGCCGGUCCUUCAAAAGGGUGGUUUACCACCUGACGCAGCAUUCUUAAUUGCUCUUGAAUACGUCGGCAUGCUAUGCUGCAGAGCCCCGGACACGAAGAAGCCCCCGGCAAUCCUGACAGGGGUUGUGGCCGGUCUGCUCGAACAAGCUUCGUUGGUGGACUUGAAGCACCAGUCAAAGCUCCUCGCUCAAGCGGAAGAGGAGAGCGAGGCAGCUGUGCCGGUGAUUAGUGCUCACAAAGCAGCUGUGAUCGGCAGGCUGCGGGAGCAGGUACUGAAGCUCGAGGCGCGGGCGGUCGAGGCAGAGGCGAAGGUGCUCGAGCUGCAAGAAACGCUUCGGACCGCCCAAGCGCAGCUGGCAGAGCACGAGCUGCUCCCGAGAGAGAAACCGAAGAACCGCGGCCUCUGGGGAGCCUCGAAGCCCUUUGUUCCGAAUGAAGUACCGGUAGUCGUUCAGCGUGUUUCACUCACUUGA